AUGUCGAUCCUGUGGGAGAAGAGCGAGACGUGGAGGUGGAUGGUGAGGAAGACAAGGGACUCGAAGCCUUUCUUCUUUGCUUUCGCUACCGUAUGCGGUGUCGUACCUGGACUCAUAGGCUACGGGGUCAUGCAGUUCACCAACUCCCACAAUCAACAGCUCGAAACCCAACUCCGCCACACCGCUCGUCCCGAUUCCCUUGCAGCUCAUCUGCUGUGAGGAAAAAACAGCAUGGUAUGCUGUUAAUUAAAACGCCGAUGCUUUAGUUAGUUUUGCACAGGAAAACAAAUCCCCCAAAACAAGUGCUCAAAGCCUGUAUCUGAGGUGCGGAUCAGGAGGGAGGUUCCCUCUCCAAAACAUGGAGGCUUCUCUCUUUGAAAAGGUCUCAUGGUCAAUAAUGGGGAAGUUCAGGUGUUGAAGCAGAUGGUGAAAGGGCCUAAAAGACACUGAUCAUGAUCUUACUGUUUGUAGUUUGGCAGU